AUGGCAACUUCUAUAAUCAAGUUGCACACGCUUUCAGGGGCUGGUGAUAAUGGCUCACCAUGUUAUUUGCUACAGGUCGACGAAUUUCACUGUCUUCUUGACUGUGGUUGGUCUGAGAAACUGGAUAGUGAAUAUGUGAAAGAGGUUUCAAAAUGGGCCAAACAUGUUGAUGCUGUUCUCCUUAGUCAUCAAAGUCUUAGACAUCUCGGCAUGCUCCCAUAUCUUGUUGGAACAUGUGGUCUUAACUGUCCAGUUUAUGCAACGACUCCUGUAUACAAAAUGGGACAAAUGUUUUUGUAUGACUUUUUCCAGUCAAGACAUGCUUCUGAGGACUUUAGUCACUACACGUUAGAUGAUGUUGAUUUGGCCUUUGAUCAUGUUCAGCAAGUUAAGUACCAGCAAACAAUCAGUCUUCAUGGUCGUGGCCAUGGGCUAUGUAUAACCCCACUUCCUUCUGGUCAUACACUUGGUGGAACAAUUUGGAAACUAGUGAAAGAAGAUACAAGUAUUGUCUAUGCUUUGGAUUUCAACCAUAAAAAAGAGAGACAUUUGAACGGGGCUACCUUCGAUGCAUGCAUUCGACCACACUUAUUAAUUAUGGAUGGUUCAAACACCUUAUAUACUCAGCCCAGGAGAAAAGAUCGUGAUGAAAACCUACGUCAGACAAUCCUGAGGACUUUAAGGCGCGGUGGAAAUGUACUUAUUGCUGUUGAUACUGCUGGACGAUGUCUUGAAGUAGCUCAUUUUUUGGAACAAUGUUGGUUAAACCAGGAAUCUGGCCUAAUGGCUUAUGGAUUGGCGAUGCUUAAUUACGUGGCUUUAAAUGUUGUGGACUUUGCAAAGUCAAUGAUCGAAUGGAUGUCUGAAAAAGUAAUGAGAUCUUUCGAGGAUCAACGUAGUAAUCCAUUUCAUUUCCGGCAUAUGCAGCUGUGUCAUACGUUAGAACAGCUAGAUGCGGUUUCAGAGCCAAAAGUUGUGCUUUCAUCACUUUCCGAUCUUAGUUGUGGAUUUUCUCGUCAGUUAUUUGCUGAGUGGGCGGAUAACGAUUUAAACACAAUAAUUCUAACUUCUCAAGAAUCUGUUAUCACUGGAGUUGAUGAAUCUUCAAAUCAGUGUUUAAUAUCACGUCUUAUCGGGUUAGCAAGAAAAGAUAUAGAUGCACGAAAAGAUUUGCCUACAAGUUCAACCGGCACUUUAAUCCUCCCUUUAACGUUAUCACAACGAGUGUCGUGUUCACAAGCGGACACAGCGUCUGACAUUCCACACUUGAGAAACUCAGCUAAAAGUCUUUCCGUCUCUCAAAACACAAGCUCAGCAGUUAAUGACUUAUGCGAUGAUCUCAAUUCUGAAACAGAGCCCGGAAACAUGAAUGUCAGUUUUACAGACAUCCCAAUGCCACCAGCAAAUGACAUCGCACUUAAUGAUGUUUCACCUCAAGUGACCGAAGGAACCCUUGAAAAACCAAAUUGUGAUUCUGAGUUGGUAAGUGAAUCAGCAUCCGGUCUGAAUCGGCCACACAGUUCUGAGGAAGGUACUCACGUAGAAAAGACAAAAUCACUUUCUCUUACGUUGUCUGUACCAAGAGAUCAUCCAAGGAAAACAAUGGUUCCAAGCAGUACAGCUAGACUAUUUUUAAAGACUAGUAUACCUUUGAAUAUGGAACAAUUCGGAGUCACAAACCAUUUAACUUCUGGACGGCACCAAGCGGGAUAUGAUAUAUAUCCAGGGCUUCAUAACCAAGCUGGUGGUCAGUUUUUCCGUGUGGCUAAACGAACUCAGUUACUGUUCCCUCAAAAUGAAAAGAAGAUUCACUGGGAUGAAUAUGGAGCACAUCUUGAUCCAGAGUUGUUCACUUCAACAGAAUCGGUUUCCAGUCAAGUAGCAUUGCCAAGUUGGGACGUUAAAAACAAAGAGACAAAAACUAAUUCAGAUAUUGUUUCAUCGAGCUUUGUAUCUACAUCAAUCUUGGAUUAUUUGGUUGCAAGAACUCCAACUUUUGACGUUCUCGAUUCUAAUACUCGUUGUGUAACCCAUCAUUUGGAAAUACCUCUACGAUGUGAAGUUGUAUUUUUGGAUUAUGAAGGUAGAUCAGAUGGAGAAGCUAUGAAACGCAUUUUAAUUGGUUUGAGACCACAGGAAAUAAUUUUAGUUGGUAAUAAUGCACCGGCUAUUGAUCAUUUGGCAAAUUAUUGUCGUGGUGUUAUGAUGUUAGAUCCCAACUACAUACAUAUUCCUCGUCCACAAGAAAUUGUUAAUUGUACAAAAGAAGGAGAUAUUUAUCAGGCUAGAAUGAAAGACAGUUUAGUUUCUAGUUUGAAAUUCACAAAAAUACGUGAUUAUGAAUUAGCUUGGGUUGAAGCAGUUGUAUCGCUCGAUGAUAAAUUUGAUUAUCGUGUUAAAGAAAAAAAAAGCAACAAUAAUAAUAUUGUAAAUAAUGAUAAUAUUGUUGAUGAUGAUAAUGAUAAUAAUAAGAAUGAUGUAGAAAUGUCCACUGGGAAUAAUUUAGAUUUGGAACUGAAGAGUCGAACACCAUUGGCUGCUGAUCAAUUACCAGUUCUCAGUCUUCCUACCGGUCCUAUUGGACAUCAUAAAACAGUUUUUGUCAAUGAACCAAAAUUAUCUGAUUUGAAACAACUUUUGCUAUCACAAGGUUUAAUGGCAGAAUUUGUCAGUGGUAUGUUAGUGGUAGAUAAUUGUGUAGCAAUUAAACGAUCAGAAGCUGGUAAAUUAUUACUAGAAGGUUUAUUAUGCGGUACAUAUUUUGAAGUUCGUCGAAUUCUCUAUCAACAAUUUGCUAUUCUAUGA